UCUGAACGUCUCCAGGGGCCCAGCCAUGGCCGGCUCUAACCCUGUUGUUCUGUUGCAGGGGUUAUGAUCACCUUUGGGCUAGUUAGCCUUAGAGAUGCUUCUAGGUUUAUUGAAGAGGGCCAGUGGAUUUGGGAGUAAAUGGUGUCUUGUCAGCAGCCAGAAGGAUGAGGACAUAGUGUUGCAAGAGAAAAAACAGCUGGCUCGCUUUCCUGGGCUGGGUGAAGCUGGCCUGGCCCUGGUUCUGCACAGGACUGCUUAUUGAUGGUGUGCUGACAUGAAGCAACAGUCUCGGUCAGGGCAGAUAUUUCUUGGCAGUGCUGUGAGUGUGCAAGCUGAGUGUUGUGUGGCAUGGGCUAGCAAGCCUUGUUGGUGACAUACGAAAUGCCUGGAGGCAUAGUUACCAUGUAUGUUUCUAUGACAGAUGAACCUUGAAGAAGCUAGGGAACUAUCAAAGUUUUAAAGAGUCUAACCUGAAAACAUUUCAAGUUUUGUAUAUAAUGUAAACUGUGGCAAGCAUUGGGGUGGCAGCUGUGGUUCUUUCCUAGUCUGUAUGGAAGCAGUUUAGAAAAGGGAGCUUCUGACAGGUGUUUUUAUAGGGCAUCUGUUUGUUACACCUGUUGUGCAGCCUUACACUUGAGAUUUUGAUUAAAUCUAUUCUCUACACAUUUGCCUUGAGGCAUCGGAGCAGUAGUACUGUUUAUACUGUGCAUUUUCCAUGUGUGGGUAAGCUGGAGGUUCAUGGUUUGGGUAAGUAUGUGUCUUAAGAUGCAUGAUGACUAGGUAAAACUAAUUUACAGGGGUUUUUAUUGUUUUUUUGUUUCUUUGUUUCUUUUUAAUGUUUGAUGCCUUUAAAAAAAUUUUUUUUGGAUCUCUUCUGAAGCAGAGAACACUACUUUAUUGGAAUUAGGUUUCUUAUUAAUUUACCAACUAACAUACUUUUAUGUAAGUUUUAAAUAAGAGGGACCAUGUAACUGAAAUGUUAUACCAAAAUGGCAAAUGAUUUCGUAGAACCAGCAUCCCCCAAGAAGAGCUUCUGUCAUUGUUUCACUACAGGGCUGGUGGCUGCUCUGAUCCUUCGUAGAAGUCUUUCAUAUGGCUAGCACAGUAUACAGGAUUUCUUAAUAAAGUCACAAUAGACUUUCUUGAUUCCACUCUCCUUUAAAAAAAAAAUUCCAUGAUUGCUGGGAUUAAUUUUUUUACUUGAAAAAAAGUAAUUUACCUAUGCAUGUUCGCUUUGGUGGCAUGACGGUCACUCCGAUCAUGCACAUGUAAAGCCCCUCUGUAAAAUUCUUAAUCUUUAAUUUCUGAUAUAGCACACUGGGCUGCUAAGCUCUAGAAGAUGCUUCUGGAUGCCAGGGAAAUCUGAGUGCCUUCCUCCAACAGGAAAGGUGGCAGGCACUUUUCUCUCUGCCCACCCUUGGGAGAAGAGCCCCAGAAAGCCAGUGGGCAAAGCAAUGGGCCCAUCCAUUGUCUCUUUUUGUAAAGUGUAAACUAUGCAGACUUAUUUUCUUGAGCCCUAAUUGAUGUUUCUUUUUAACUGGUAAUUGGAGAACCAGAUUAGUUUUGAAUAUUUUUUGAAAUUAGAAUUAGCAUCAAGUAAACCUGUAAGUGGGCAUCGGUCCUUUUGAGGAACAUUUAUUUUAGAUUUUUGUACAUUUUCUAAUCUGGCAUGAUUUUCAAGUUGACUUGUUCUGUUCUUAUGAAAAUUCAUAUAAGAACAGACUCCCCAAAUUAUAGGCCAUAAAUGGAGUACCACCUCAGGUCUCCUUGAGCCUUAGUAGCCAUACAUAGAACAAAUGAAACACAAUCAAGUUGUGUUAUUUUAAACUUGCUUGGUCAGCUGAUGCCAGACAUUCAUGUCUCAAGAUGGUCCAAGGUUCUGAUAAUGCCAGCAGACCAGCAUUCUGUGUCAAGUGCCUGAGGAUCAUGAUAAUGUUCACAGAGUACCAGAAUCUCUAUGGGUAUGAGCUUUAUUCAAAAUCAAAAAGCAAACUACUAAAUUUACAGAGAUGCUUUGGGGGCCUUCUUAGACUGUGAUAGUUUAAAAGGCCAGGCCUGACCUAGGAUUUGUAUAUAAAGAGUUAGCAUCUGCCCUAGACCUACAAGAACAGGCUGCCUUCUGCAGUGCUGUUUCUUAGUGAAUGCUAACUCUGCUCCAGGCCUUGGGGAAAGGACAGUGAGAAGCCUUGAGAGAGGUAAGUUCCACCCUCCAACCUCUCUCCAGCCUCAGCUUGUUUGUGCUGUCAGGUUCUGGACUUGGGGGGAGUCUCUCUGUAGUGGAACCAGUGACAGAAGCUGUUCUUUAGAAUUUUCAGGAUGGCUGUAUUCUGCGGUCAGAAUGAGAGUCAAGCUGGGCAGAGUCUCUCGCCAAGAGCUCAGGUAAGGUAAUGUUUCUUCACUGGGAAUGCUUUCCACAGCAAGACAACUAUGCUGACAAUCUCAAGUUUUCUCCCAGUUUGUUUAGACUUAAAUGAUAAAUUUAUGACUUUUUAAAAACUGAAUUUUGUUUGAUUUUUCAUGAAAACCUAUUUUUCUUUCUCCCAUACAAAACCAUUUGAAAUGUCGUUGCUUUUUAAAAACCCUGUGUGUUGGAAGUUCUUUAAUCUGUUUCCUCUCCCCCCACCCUUGAAAGUUUUGCAUAGUGUAAACAUUGCUAUGUCUUUUACCUUCCCUGCUCCUCCCUUCUGGGAGGGGCUGAUGCACUAUCCUGUGCUGAAAUUGGGCACCCUAAAGGUAUGGGAAGGAAGGAGUCCAAACAACACCUGCUGCCCUUUCACGCCUUCCCUGGAGACUGCUCCACAAUGCUGCUGUGUGUAAGAAAGUGCUUCACCACACACCAUCCUUCUGAGUUGCUUCACGAGAGGAGGAGGGGCUUUGGCCCCAUGACCCAGUUCCACAUUUUGGAUGCGUACUGGAGAAGAAGCCAAUCUUCUUGCUAGUAAACCAGCAGUCCACGUGUAUGCAAUGAGGACCCAGACAUUGAAUCUAAAAAAUCUAAGGGAGGAUAGAGUGGGAUCCAAUAGUUUAGAGUCUGAAAUCUCCUGUUUGAUCAGGUCAUUUUACUGGGGCUUGACAUAAACCUAAUUGGUGAGGAAUCUCAUAGGACCUAGUAGACAUGGUAUUAAGUCACUUUCAGGAAAACUGAGAAAGACAAAUUAACCUGGAGUCUGGGUUCUGGAAUUCAGCAUUGAGCACCUCAGGAUGAUAAUAUCUGGCCAGUUUUUGUCUGUCAGUGGGUGGUAGCUUAUAGCCCCAGGACCCUGCUGUAGGAACCAGGGUAGAUGGGUUUGAGUCCAUUUCUUUUCUUCCUUUAAGGUGGGGGAUUGGUUUGGCUUUCUUUUGUUGUGGUUUGGUUUGGUUUGUUUUUUGCCAAGAUCAAUUUUAGCUACCAGGACUUGAAAGACUCAGAAAGGUACCAACAGCCCUGGUCCCGCAGUCCAAGCGAGGAGUCUGUGUUACUUCUGGAGCAGGUAUUGCAGUACAGCUUAGCACACCAACAGCACCUACAAUUUUAAACAGAGUACCUUUUUAGGGGAUUUUUAGUUUUUUUCUUUUAGUUUUUUCUUUUCUUUUUUUUUUUAAUCUUCUUUCCUUAGCAGCAAAGUCUUUAUUGCUAGAGAAUCUACUUCAUUGCAGCUCCAGGAUUCCCAUCUGGUUAAAGUGCCGUCCGCCUCAUGUACUGCUUCAGACUCUGGAAACAGAUACCGGCUCUGCUCUGUAUUUCUGCUGUGUGUAGUUACCAGUUGGAGGCCACGUGACCUGUUAGAUCGCUAACCCUGUACACCGAGUCUGUAUGUUCUCACUGUGUGUUACUACGAUGCUCCUGCUAUUGUACAGUGUUUGUGAGAUGCUCUUUGAAGAUGGUACCUUUAUAUAUAUUUUUUUCAUUUUCAAUAAAAGCACGUUCCUUCCCACUUCCUGGUAUUUAAUACUGUUGCUGGAUGUGCUGUGUGAGUGUGUAUCCGGCGUUGCAGGACCUCAGAGCUGGAGGUGGCGCUCGUGGUUCUUGGGGGCUGGCUGUCUUCCCUCCCUGCAGGUGGUGUUAGACAUGUGCUACCUGAGGAAUGUUUUGCAAAUGCCCUUCUCACUGUUCCCCAGUACAACUGUAGGCCUUCGUGGUAAAACACCUCUUGGAGUACACCCAGGCAACAGACUCUAACCUGCAGUACAGCUUGCUGUUAGUCCUAGGCCUCCUCCUGACAGAAGUUGUACGCUCCUGGUCACUCGCACUGACUUGGGCAUUGAAUUAUCGAACUGGUGUCCGCUUGCGGGGAGCUAUCGUAACCAUGGCAUUCAAGAAAAUCCUUAAGUUAAAGAACAUUAAAGAAAAGUCCCUGGGUGAGCUCAUCAAUAUUUGCUCCAAUGAUGGGCAGAGGAUGUUUGAGGCAGCCGCUGUUGGCAGCUUGCUGGCUGGAGGACCUGUGGUUGCCAUCUUAGGCAUGAUUUAUAACGUGAUCAUUCUGGGACCCACGGGCUUCCUGGGGUCAGCUGUUUUUAUCCUCUUUUACCCAGCAAUGAUGUUUGUAUCACGGCUCACUGCAUAUUUCAGGAGAAAGUGUGUAGCUGCUACAGAUGACCGUGUCCAGAAGAUGAAUGAAGUUCUCACCUACAUUAAAUUUAUUAAAAUGUAUGCUUGGGUCAAAGCAUUUUCUCAGAGUGUUCAAAAAAUCCGAGAGGAGGAGCGUCGGAUACUGGAAAAAGCAGGAUACUUUCAGAGCAUCACUGUUGGUGUGGCUCCCAUUGUUGUAGUGAUUGCCAGCGUGGUGACAUUCUCCGUUCACAUGAUUCUGGGCUUCGAUCUGUCGGCUGCACAGGCCUUCACAGUGGUGACUGUCUUCAAUUCCAUGACUUUUGCUUUAAAAGUAACACCAUUCUCAGUGAAGUCCCUCUCUGAAGCAUCAGUUGCUGUUGACAGAUUUAAGAGUUUGUUUCUAAUGGAAGAGGUUCACAUGAUAAAGAACAAACCGGCCAAUCCUCACAUCAAGAUAGAGAUGAAAAAUGCCACCUUGGCAUGGGACUCCUCCCACUCCAGUAUACAGAACUCGCCCAAGCUCACCCCCAAAAUGAAAAAAGACAAGAGGGCCACCAGGGGCAAGAAAGAGAAGGUGAGGCAGCUGCAAUGCACUGAGCAUCAGGCGGUGCUGGCAGAGCAGAAAGGACACCUCCUACUGGAUAGUGACGAGCGGCCCAGUCCCGAAGAGGAAGAAGGCAAGCAGAUCCACACAGGGAGCCUGCGCCUGCAGAGGACGCUGUACAGCAUUGACUUGGAAAUUGAAGAGGGUAAACUGGUUGGAGUCUGUGGCAGUGUGGGAAGUGGAAAAACAUCUCUCAUUUCAGCCAUUUUAGGCCAGAUGACACUUCUAGAGGGCAGCAUUGCAAUCAAUGGAACUUUUGCAUAUGUGGCCCAGCAGGCCUGGAUUCUCAAUGCCACUCUUAGAGACAACAUCCUCUUUGGGAAGGAAUUUGAUGAAGAAAGAUACAAUUCAGUGCUAAACAGCUGCUGCCUGAGGCCUGACCUGGCCAUUCUCCCGAACAGUGACCUGACGGAGAUUGGAGAACGAGGAGCCAACCUGAGUGGUGGCCAGCGCCAGAGAAUCAGCCUUGCACGGGCCUUGUAUAGUGACAGAAGCAUCUACAUCCUGGAUGACCCCCUCAGUGCCUUAGAUGCCCAUGUAGGCAACCAUAUCUUCAACAGUGCUAUCCGGAAGCACCUCAAAUCUAAGACAGUUCUGUUUGUUACACACCAGUUACAGUACCUUGUUGAUUGUGAUGAUGUGAUCUUCAUGAAAGAGGGCUGUAUCACAGAAAGAGGUACCCAUGAGGAACUGAUGAAUUUAAAUGGGGAUUAUGCUACCAUUUUUAAUAACCUGUUGCUGGGAGAAGCACCCCCUGUUGAGAUUAAUUCAAAAAAGGAAGCAAGUGGUUCACAGAAGAAAUCACAAGACAAGGGCCCUAAAACAGGGUCAGUAAAGAAGGAGAAAGCAGUGAAGCCAGAGGAAGGACAGCUUGUGCAGCUGGAGGAAAAGGGUCAAGGAUCUGUGCCCUGGUCAGUCUAUGGUGUGUACAUCCAGGCUGCAGGGGGGCCCUUGGCAUUCCUGGUCAUCAUGGUGCUCUUCAUGCUGAAUGUGGGCAGCACUGCCUUCAGCACCUGGUGGUUGAGCUACUGGAUCAAGCAGGGAAGUGGGAACAACACAGUGACUCAAGGAAACAGAAGCUUUGUGAAUGACAGCAUGAAGGAUAAUCCCUUCAUGCAGUACUAUGCCAGUAUCUAUGCCCUCUCCAUGGCAGUCAUGCUGAUCUUGAAAGCCAUUCGUGGAGUUGUCUUUGUCAAGGGCACAUUGAGAGCCUCCUCCCGGCUCCAUGAUGAGCUUUUCCGAAGGAUCCUUCGGAGCCCUAUGAAGUUUUUUGACACUACCCCUACAGGAAGGAUUCUCAACCGGUUUUCCAAAGACAUGGAUGAAGUGGACGUGCGCCUGCCAUUCCAGGCUGAGAUGUUUAUCCAGAAUGUUAUCCUGGUGUUCUUCUGUGUUGGAAUGAUCGCAGGAGUCUUUCCAUGGUUCCUUGUGGCAGUCGGGCCCCUCAUCAUCCUCUUUUCAGUUCUACACAUUGUCUCCAGAGUGCUGAUUCGUGAGCUGAAGCGUCUGGACAAUAUUACACAGUCACCUUUCCUCUCCCACAUCACGUCUAGCAUACAGGGCCUUGCCACCAUCCAUGCCUAUAAUAAAGGACAAGAGUUUCUACACAGGUACCAAGAGCUGCUUGAUGACAACCAAGCUCCUUUCUUCUUGUUCACUUGUGCAAUGAGGUGGCUGGCUGUGCGGCUGGACCUCAUCAGCAUUGCCCUGAUCACUACCACUGGGCUGAUGAUUGUUCUCAUGCAUGGGCAGAUUCCCCCAGCCUAUGCAGGUCUUGCUAUCUCUUAUGCUGUACAGUUAACAGGGUUGUUCCAGUUUACAGUUAGACUGGCGUCUGAGACAGAGGCACGCUUCACUUCAGUGGAGAGAAUUAACCACUACAUAAAGACUCUCUCCUUGGAAGCGCCUGCCAGAAUCAAGAACAAGGCUCCUCCCCGUGACUGGCCCCAAGAAGGAGAGAUAACCUUUGAGAAUGCAGAAAUGAGGUACCGGGAAAAUCUCCCUCUGGUCCUUAAGAAAGUGUCCUUCACCAUCAAACCCAAGGAGAAGAUUGGUAUUGUGGGGCGAACAGGGUCAGGGAAGUCUUCUCUAGGGAUGGCUCUGUUCCGUCUGGUGGAGUUAUCUGGAGGUUGCAUCAAGAUCGACAGAGUGAAAAUCAGUGACAUUGGCCUGGCCGACCUCCGAAGCAAACUCUCUAUCAUUCCUCAGGAGCCAGUGCUCUUCAGUGGUACCGUCAGAUCAAAUUUGGACCCCUUCAACCAGUACAAGGAAGACCAGAUCUGGGAUGCUCUAGAGAGAACACACAUGAAAGAAUGUAUUGCUCAGCUACCUCUGAAACUUGAAUCUGAAGUGAUGGAAAAUGGGGACAACUUCUCAGUGGGGGAACGGCAGCUGUUGUGCAUAGCAAGAGCCCUGCUGCGUCACUGCAAGAUUCUGAUUUUAGAUGAAGCUACAGCUGCCAUGGACACAGAAACAGACUUGCUGAUUCAAGAGACCAUCCGGGAAGCAUUUUCGGACUGCACCAUGCUGACCAUUGCCCAUCGCCUGCAUACAGUUCUGGGCUCUGAUAGGAUUAUGGUGCUAGCCCAGGGACAGGUGGUGGAGUUUGACACCCCAUCGGUCCUUCUGUCCAAUGACAGUUCCCGGUUCUAUGCCAUGUUUGCUGCUGCAGAGAACAAGGUGGCUGUCAAGGGCUAACACCUCCCAAUUGAUGAAGUCUCUUCAGAAGUUGCCAUUCUCCUCCUGGGUUGGGCCCCUCAUCCUGUCCUCCUGCCGAAACCUUGCCUUUCCCAAUUUUAUCUUUCACAUACAGUUCAGGAUUAGCUUGUGUUUCACUUUUAGGUAAAGUCAUAUUUUGAUUAUUAUAUUUAUUCUCUAUUCAUGUAAAUGAAAUUUAGUUUUUGUUCUUAAUUGCACUCUAAGAGGUUCAGGGAACCAUUACUACAAAUGUAUCAGAGGCCUAUAAUGAAGCUUUAUAUAUGUAGCUAUGUCUAUAUCUAAUUCUGUACAUAGCCUAUAUUUACAGUGAAAAUGUAAGCUGUUUAUUUUAUAUUAAAGUAAGCACUGUGCUGAUAGCAGUGCACGUCCCUUUCUAUCAUGUUUGUACGGUUUACUGUACUAGAGAUCUCGUUUUGCUUUUAGACUGUAGGAAAGGUAACAUUUUGUUCUCUAGGUGGCUGUGUCACGGUGCUGGGUUUUCUAGGUGUCCAAAGGAAGGCAUGUGGCAAUAUGGGCCUCUGUGACCUGCUCUGUGGGUUCCCCAGUCUAGUGAGCCAGUGGAGCUGGGCUUCAGGAGGCCUUAGAGAGCACCGUGAAUUCUCAGGGCUCCUGCUUUCUGUUCUGUGUCACCUGCUUCUGUCCUGGUGUCACAUACUGUUUAUGUUAGUGCCCCCUCUCCCUCCCUCUAGCAGGAAUGAAACCCCCAGAGUUUCUCAGAGGGGGAGUUUCUUUCCUGCCUUCCUCCUUCUCCUGUUGUUUCUAAACAAGAACCAGUCUGUUCAGGUUCCUGAUGCUGGCCCCCACACAGAGCUCUUCAGCUCCUAGGCCAGUUGGUUCCAGCCCUGGGGCCGACUGCUGCUGUUUUAGGUGGCAUUUUUAUUUGCCUGUUCGCACACCUCUACAGUUCAGUGACAGGGUUCAGAAUUGGGGGGGUCUGUUCUCCUUCCUCACUACACAGUCUCCUCUCCAAAGUCUGCGCCUUUCAGCAGCUCUUGCUAAUCAGUGUCUCACACUGGUCUAGAAGUUUUUUGUACUGUAAAGAGACCUACCUCAGGUUGCUGAUUGCUGUGUGGUUUGGUAUGUUCCUUGCAGAUCCCCUUUGUGCUCUGGGGCCGUAGCUUGGGUGUGGUUGACUGUCAUCAGUUCAAUGGUCAGCACUGCAUGUCAUGACCAACUAGACAUUCUGUCACCUUAGCAUGUUUGCUGAACACCUUAUGGAAGCAAAAAUCUGAAAAAGUGAAUAAAAUUAUUUCAGAUUUGUA